CAGCAGAAGAAGAUGACACUACAAAAAAGCAGCUUAACACGUUGGACAGGUGAUCACUGUGACAGUGCAAGAUCAAGGUCCCGGUCGCACAGCUAGAGACCGGUCUGCAACCGUCUGGCAACUACCGGUGGAAGCCACACCCACACACACCCCAAGUCAUAGUUGCAGCCGGGAAAUUAGAUUGAGACUGGGAAGUGAUUCAAUGUAUCCAAUGUUCAAUGUGCCUGUGGGACCUUAUUAAAGACAAUCAAACUCCUGGAUCGCUGCAGUCUUUCUGACUGAAGUCCUACCUUUGUCCACCGGAGACCUGGACUGUGCUCCUGUGUGGCACCUGUGUGCAGUCUCAAAGGGACCCCAGAGUGAGAAAAACUGUUCUUGGAAAUGAGCCCGUUUUGAGAAAGCAGAAACUUCUGAGAAAGUGCUGGUGGAUGUCCGUGUGUUGCCUGCUGGCCUCUCUUCACCAUGGCAGCAGCCGUGCCUGCGUGCUACCAUGGUUCCAUCACCAGGAAGGAGUGUGAGGAUCUGCUGGGAAGGAAGAACAAGGAUGGGGCUUACCUGAUCCGAGACAGCGAGACCAUCCAGGGAGCGAUGUGUCUCUGUGUCUACAAACAGAAGGUGGUGUACACCUACAGACUGCUGCAGUCGCACAAUGGAUACUACACUCUCCUGACAGCGGGGGGUUUGGAGGAGACAUUUUUUAAGACUAUCGACGACCUGAUCCGUCACUACAAGAGGAAGAACCAGGGUCUGGCCAUGCAUCUGCGCCACUCAGUCAAAAGGAAGACGGCCUUGCUGAUCCAGCCCCAAAGAGUUCUGGAAACGCAGCCUUCGAAAUCACCCGAGCAAAGGUCGCGAAGGGAUGAGCACGAGUCACGGAGGCAGCCGCCUCCCGUACCUGAUGAAGAGCAUGAUUACGAGAAUGCUCCUGAUGCCGAGUACGUGGAAGUGCUUCCCGAUUAACACCGACAAUCAAACACCACAUGAGACAUCUGGAGGAAAUCAGUGAUGUCAGGUCCACAGACUGGAUCUUAUUUGGGAUGUUGACUGUACCUACAUAUUUUUAAGAACAUCAUCUGCUCUUGGAUCACAGUGCCCUGAAGAACUCCUGAAGAACUCUGACCACCUUCCAGAGGAUCUCCAUUAAAUGCAUCCCAGCCCUCGAUGCUCCCGUCAGGAUGAACUGUAUGAACUUUGGUGUUUUUCCUCCAGCACCUGCAGAAGUGUCAGGAAGUCCGUCCUAGUGGUAAAUUUUAGGUGUUAAUGCUUUUAUUACCAAAAGAAUAGAUUUAUAUACAUGUAUAUAUUUUUUAUCAUAACAUAUCUUAAAUACUGUAACCUGUGUUGUACUGUGAGAGUUACUCCAGGCAGCGAGGGCAAAUAAAAAUCUCACAUGGUCACAAAGCUGGGCAGCACGGUGGCGCGGUGGUUAGCCCUGCUGCCUCACACUCAGAAUACUGGAAGGCUUGGGUUCAAUUCCACCUUAGCUGCAACGGCUGGUUACAUCCAGUCUGACAUCAAUGCAGCAUCUUCACCCAGAGAGCUGCCGCUCACUGAAUAUUUUCUCUUUUUCGGACCUGUUUUGGUGGGAAAAUCCCAGCAGAUCAGCAGGUCCUGAAAUACUCAGACCAUCCCGUCUGACAGCGAUGAACACGCCACAUCAUCUCGGUCACGUCUACCUGUCUGAACGCACCGAACUGCUGUCAUGUGGUCGGCAGGUCAGAGGUUGUAACUCUAAAACAUUCCCGUCAGCCGAAUCUGUGGAAACUCGUUUUCAUUAUUUGUGUUCUUUUGUUCCACUAACGUGUGCGUUUAGGAGUGUGUCUGCAGGAAUGGAUGAAAGACUGUGAGUUUGUGUGUGUAAAUAUGUACACUUAUUUUUAAUGUGUUUUUAUCUGAAGUGUGAAGCACUCUGUAGCUGUGUGUUUUUUUA